AUGAUGAUGUUUGAGGAGAUGGGGUUUUGUAAUGAUUUGGACACGAUGUCUAUUGUCCUCGGGGACGAGGAUAUCAGCGCCCGACAAACUGAUCCAGAGGCGAUAGUUGAGGAUGAUUUCAAUGAUGAAGAAAUUGGGGUAGAUGAGCUUGAAAGGAGGAUGUGGAAGGACAAGAUGCGUCUCAAGCGAUUGAAGGAGCAUAGUAAAUCUAAGGAAGGAAUUGAUGCGGUGAAGCAAAGACAAUCUCAAGAACAGGCAAGGAGGAAAAAGAUGUCCAGGGCUCAAGAUGGAAUGUUGAAGUACAUGCUGAAGAUGAUGGAGGUUUGCAAGGCACAAGGAUUUGUUUAUGGGAUAAUCCCCGAGAAGGGGAAACCAGUGACAGGAGCAUCUGAUAAUCUUCUUGAAUGGUGGAAGGAUAAGGUCAGAUUCGAUCGAAAUGGUCCAACUGCCAUAGCCAAAUACCAAGCUGAUCAUUCUAUACCUUGCAAGUGCGGAGACCCACCUCCGAUUUUGGUUAGAGAGAGAGGUGAGAAGGAGAGAAUCUGGAACCCUAAUUACAUAUGACGAAAAUCAAUUUGCCUAAUUACCCCGAUUACCCUAAUUUCAUUUUUAAUUUUAACCCUAAUUUUAUUAUAUUUCUACGUCACGAUUAAUAU